AUGACCUUAAUAGAUUUCAUAGAGCUGAGUGACGAUAAUAUUAUUGACUUGAGCAGCGAUGAGGAGACUGUUCAAGAGGAUCAGAUUGCAACUCAACACCGGGCGAUGUUGCUUUAUAAGCAGGGUGUGUUUGUCCUAGCUGGUGAAGGAAGCCGAGGGGUGCAGGCCGUGUUUGUUGCAGCUGGUGAAGGAAGUCAAGAUGUGCAGGCCGUGUUUGUUGCAUCCAGUGAAGGAAGGCAAGAGGCUUCUGAGCCCGGACAUGCUUUGGAAGCUACCGCAUCGUCCAUGAUUAUGGAGGAAGCACCUCUUGUUGCAACUAGUCAAGGAAGUCAAGAUGUGCAGGCUGUGUCUGUUGCAGCUAGUGAAGUAAGGCAAGAUGGGCAGGUUGUGUUUGUUGCAGCUAGGGAAGGGAGGCAAGAGGCUUCUGAGCACGGACAUGCUUUGGAAGCUACCGCAUUGUCCUUGGUUACGGAAAAACCACCUGUUGAUACGGUUGUGCUCGCUCUCCCACAUGCUGGAUCACCGAAUUGUCUUCGCUCUCCAACAUCAACGCCAUUCGCCGGCCUGACUUCCACCACUCCGAAGGCUCUGACGUCUGAAGGUGGCGACACAAAGCUGGUGAGAGCAAAGGUGAAACGUCCUAGGAAGAACCACCAUACCGGCACUCCUAAAGCUGUGACUUCUGAAGGUGGCGACUUAAAGCUCGUGAGACUGGAGACGAAACAUCCUAAGAAGAAGAACCAUACAGAAAAACCACCUCUUGGUACGGCUGUCCUCGCUCUCCAACAUGCUGAAUCGCCGAUUUGUCCUUGCACAUCAGAGCCAUUCCCCGGCCUAACUUGCACCAGCCCGAAGGCUCUGUCCUCAGAAGGUGGCGACGCAAAUCUGGUGAGCGGGAAGGUAACCACUCUUAUUGUAUCCGUACUGGGAUCGGAGCUCGUGUUGCCCCCCAUCUCUCUGCAUUCGUCUAGAAUGUCAGUUGUGGGUGAUUUUUGGACUGGCUUUGUCAAGCACUUCGUUAGGUGGUAUUUUGGUGAACCUGGAUAUGGCGCGCAGCUGCUGUUAUCUGGGAGCUUAGGAAACUACUUAGAAUUUAGAUUUUUUUGCCAUCCUGGCUCCAAGCUGAGAUGUAACCAAACCGACAAUAGACCGAAAUUUGUGAGAGUAACUGCAUCUUGA